UGGCUGGCUCUUGCUAAACCACGCUUGAGUAAUCCGAGCUGCUGCGCGCCGUGGUGAAGCCCGGAGGGGGGAACGUCACUCCCUCUGGCAGCGGAGCAACAUUAGUCUUCCAGCCCUCAAACCAUCACUACAGCGUCGGAAACUGCCGGGUCACAGCCGCUUGCUUUGGAAAAUUGGCGAUGUUUGGUGCUAGAGAUCGAUUACCCCUGUAAUCUUCCCCCCUUCACCAUCUUCUCCUGUUCACCCCACCCCUUCCCGCCCCAGACAAUAGCGUCCGAGCUCCUCCAGGAAAAAAAAAAAUAGAAAAGCAAGGAAAGAAAGAAAGAAAAAGAAAAAGAAAGAAACAGAGAGAUGGAUCUGACUCCAAUAGGAAAAGCGUGUCUCUAGAAGUGGUGUUAAUGGGAAGAGAUUUCCGAGCUCCAGAGGACGAUGAUGUGUCACAAAGGGUAGCUGGCUCGGUGCUUUGGGCUGGAGCCGUGUAGGAGAUCCUUGGAGAAGUCACUGUGCACAGAAAACCGAAGACCUGUACAAACAUGCCUGUUCGCAGAGGUCAUGUGGCACCACAAAAUACAUUUUUGGGUACAAUCAUACGAAAAUUUGAAGGGCAAAAUAAAAAAUUCAUCAUUGCUAAUGCUAGAGUGCAGAACUGUGCUAUCAUCUACUGCAAUGAUGGCUUCUGUGAGAUGACCGGCUUCUCCAGGCCAGAUGUCAUGCAGAAACCUUGCACCUGUGAUUUUCUUCAUGGCCCAGAGACCAAAAGACAUCAGAUUGCCCAAAUUGCUCAGGCACUUCUGGGGUCAGAGGAGAGGAAAGUAGAAGUCACCUACUACCACAAAGAUGGGUCUACCUUUAUUUGCAACACCCAUAUAAUCCCAGUGAAAAAUCAAGAGGGAGUAGCAAUGAUGUUUAUUAUUAACUUUGAGUAUGUAACAGAUGAAGAGAACGUGGCAUCUCCUGAGAAGUGCAAACCAAUAUUGCCAUCCAAACUUGUAAACCAUGGUAACAACCUUUCCAGUGGCUCUUCUUCAGGCAGACUUUUUGGGUUCCGCUUACCUGGGCUGAGACUUCUCACGUACCGGAAGCAAUCCUUACCGCAGGAAGACCCUGACGCAGUGAUCAUCGACUCAUCCAAGCACAGUGAUGACUCAGUGGCAAUGAAGCACUUUAAAUCACCUACAAAAGAAAGCUGCAGCCCUUCAGAAGUGGAUGAUACAAAAGCACUGAUCCAACCCAGCACAUGUUCACCUUUGGUUAAUAUAUCAGGACCUCUCGACCAUUCGUCACCUAAACAGCAGUGGGACAGACUUUACCCUGACAUGAUACAGACAAGUAAUCCACUAACCCACUCCAGAUCAAGGGAAAGCAUUUGUAGUAUAAGAAGAGCAUCUUCAGUACAUGACAUAGAAGGCUUUAACGUCCAUCCCAAGAACACUUUCAGGGACCGUCAUGCAAGCGAAGUUUCACGUUCCUGGAUGGCAGGGGGGCCUUUCAACCAUAUCAAGUCAAGUCUGUUGGGAUCCACAUCAGACUCCAAUCUCAACAAAUACAGUACCAUCAACAAAAUUCCUCAACUCACACUGAACUUUUCAGAUAUCAAAAGUGAGAAAAAGUCUUCAUCUCCUCCUUCUUCAGAGAAAGCAAUUAUUGCACCCAAGGUGAAAGACCGAACGCACAACGUAACAGAGAAGGUUACCCAGGUUCUGUCCUUAGGGGCUGAUGUUCUACCCGAAUACAAACUCCAGACACCUCGCAUCAACAAGUUUACUAUCUUGCACUAUAGUCCUUUCAAAGCUGUCUGGGACUGGCUCAUUUUGUUGCUGGUAAUAUACACGGCCAUAUUCACCCCUUACUCUGCUGCCUUCCUUCUAAACGACAGUGAGGAACGGAAGAGGAGAGAAUGUGGAUAUUCUUGCAGCCCACUGAAUGUUGUGGACUUAAUUGUGGAUAUUAUGUUUAUCAUUGACAUUCUCAUAAACUUCAGAACAACCUAUGUAAACCAGAAUGAAGAAGUGGUAAGUGACCCAGCAAAAAUAGCAAUUCACUACUUCAAAGGCUGGUUCCUAAUUGACAUGGUUGCUGCAAUACCUUUUGACCUGCUGAUUUUUGGCUCUGGCUCUGAAGAGACAACAACAUUAAUAGGUCUUCUGAAGACAGCAAGACUGCUGCGCUUGGUGAGAGUAGCACGGAAGUUGGACAGAUAUUCAGAGUAUGGUGCUGCAGUUCUGAUGCUCCUGAUGUGUAUCUUUGCACUAAUUGCACACUGGCUUGCUUGCAUUUGGUAUGCCAUUGGAAACGUAGAAAGACCUUACCUGGCUCACAAGAUUGGCUGGUUGGAUUCCUUAGGAGAGCAAUUAGGAAAGCAUUACAAUAAGAGCGAUGCAAGCUCUGGGCCAUCCAUCAAGGACAAAUAUGUUACAGCACUUUAUUUUACCUUCAGCAGUCUGACAAGUGUAGGAUUUGGAAAUGUGUCUCCCAACACCAACUCAGAGAAAAUCUUUUCCAUCUGUGUCAUGUUGAUUGGCUCAUUAAUGUAUGCUAGCAUUUUUGGAAACGUUUCUGCAAUAAUCCAGAGGCUCUACUCGGGAACUGCGAGGUACCACAUGCAGAUGCUGCGAGUCAAAGAGUUUAUACGCUUCCAUCAAAUCCCCAACCCUCUGAGGCAGCGGCUUGAAGAGUACUUCCAGCAUGCAUGGACAUACACCAAUGGCAUUGACAUGAACAUGGUCCUGAAGGGGUUUCCAGAGUGCUUACAAGCUGACAUUUGCCUGCACCUCAACCAAAACCUACUUCAGAACUGCAAAGCUUUCCGUGGGGCCAGUAAAGGCUGUCUUCGAGCUUUGGCUAUGAAGUUUAAGACAACACAUGCACCACCUGGAGACACUUUAGUGCACUGCGGGGAUGUUCUCACUGCCCUUUACUUUGUUUCAAGAGGCUCCAUUGAAAUCCUUAAGAGUGACAUUGUAGUAGCCAUUCUUGGGAAAAAUGAUAUCUUUGGGGAGAUGGUCCAUCUUUAUGCAAAACCAGGAAAGUCAAAUGCAGAUGUGAGAGCUUUAACUUACUGUGACUUACAUAAGAUCCAGCGAGAAGAUCUCCUGGAAGUUUUGGAUAUGUACCCUGAAUUUUCUGAUCUCUUCCUCACCAAUCUGGAACUGACUUUUAACCUCAGAGAUGAAACUACCAAGUCUGACCUCAUAAUAAGAUCACAAACUACUAAUGAUAUGGACGGAGAUAACUGCAACCUACGAAGACGGAAAUUGUCCUUUCAAAGUGAAAUAGAGAAAGAUUAUUUCAAAGAGAAAGAUCACAGUGAUCCUGAACCUUCAGGAGACACCACCAUUUACUACCCAUCUACAAAGAAGCACUUUGAGGAGAAAAAAAGUGGGUCACCAUCUUUCGUUUCCUCCACUGAAGAUGAGCAAAAGCCCCUGUUCUCUGGGAUAGCUGACUACCCAUCUGUAACAGAGAAAACUACAGCCAUGGACUUUGAAGACAUGGUUCAUGCAGCAGAAGAAAUUCUCAUUGAGAAAAGAAGCAGCUCUUGUAAAGAUAUCACUGAUAAAAGAAACUGGGAGCAAGAGAACAUCCAAGACUACCAGGACUCCCCAGUCCAAUCAGCAUUACCUCAUGUUUCCUGGGGCAUCUGUGAAACUGAAAGCGACUUUAUAUAUGGGGAAGUAGAGAACCGGUUAGAUUUACUUCAAGAGCAACUCAACAGGCUUGAAUCCCAAAUGACUGCUGAUAUUCAAACAAUCCUGCAGCUCCUGCAAAGGCAGUCAACACUCAUUCCACCUGCCUAUAGCAUGGUGACUGCAGGGGCAGAGUAUCACCAGCCAACAGUCCAGGUGAUAGAAAAGCUUCAACCUGUGGCAUCAAUUAAAACAGACAAAAGUUUCAGUCCUUCAUCUCAGUGUCCUGAAUUUCUAGACCUUGAAAAAUCAAGACUUAAAUCCAAAGAAUCCCUCUCAAGUGGAGUGCAUCUUAACACAGCCUCAGAAGACAACCUGGCUUCUUUGUUAGAUCAAGAACCUGAGCAGCCUGUAGCAUGUUCCCCACAGCAUUGUAAAACUUAUCUCCAGCCAGUUAGGCACCCUUCCUUGCCAGAAUCUUCACUGAACACUGCAGGAAUCUUGAGUCUUCAUAGGCAUGUAUCUGAUCCUGGUCUUCCUGGGAAAUAAUACUUUUAUACUAUUACUUCACAUAAAAAUGUAAGUGCUUUUAAAUGGCUGUUUUCUUUUGUAUUUAAAUCCUCUCUACUUGACUCAGGGGCUACAAGGAAUAUACCAUUAUAUGCAAAAGUACUGUAUAUUUUCCUAAAUCUGAAGCUUGUAAGGUAAAGUUGAGCAUUUCUGAUGUAAAUAUAUAUAUAUACACACACACACUCUAACUCUAUGUUCCAAAUGUAAACCUGCCAGCAUUCUCAAGGCACCUUAUAUUUUUAUUCCUUAAAUAACAUGCAUGUUCUGAAAUUGCAGUUUACUUUGCAUGGAGAUUACCAUUUACUGCUGUCAUGGAAAUAGGAUUUUCUUGUGAGAAAUGUCUUCAAAGCAAAUAAUAGACCAAGAACAAGAAUUCACGCAGUAAAUUCUCUUGCCUGACCAAGCUAAAAGUCAAGCAAAACAUCCUUCUAGCUCACUUUGGAAUUUUUAGAGUGAGCUUUUUGCAGUUAAUCACAGUUAUUCUAAAUUUAGAGAAAGAAUGAGAUAAGCAAUUCUGGCUUUGCAACGAUUAGGACUGAGAAACCAACCUCCUUCCAAAGCAGUUAAAAGUAGGGAUAGAUUUUAACAGACAGGAAAACUCUGCCUCAGGCUGGGAAAUACAACCACAAGUGGCAUUGAAAACACUCAACUAGUGUGUCUAGCAGAUCAAGGGAGGGUCUGCUUCCUCUCUACUCUGCCCUGCUGAGACCUCAUCUUCAAUACUGCCUUCAGUUUUGGGCUCUCCAGUUGAAGAGGGACAGGGAUCUGCUGGAGAGGUCCAGUGGAGAGCUAUGAGGAUGAUGAGGGGCCUGCAGGGCAUGGCUUAUGAGGGGAGGCUGAGGGACCUGGGGCUGCUUAGUCUGGAGAAAAGAAGACUGAGAGGGGAUUUGAUAGAUGUCUAUAAACAUCUGAGUGCUGGUCAGGAAGCGGAGGACAGGCUCUGCUCACUGCUCCCUGGGAUAGGACAAGGAGCAAUGGGUGUAAGCUGCAGCACAGGAGGUUCCACCUCUUCACAAGGAGGAACUUCUUUCCUGUAAGGGUCCCAGAGCACUGGCACAGGCUCCCCAGACAGGUUGUGGAAUCUCCUUCUCUGCAGACAUUCAAGGCCUCUAUGGAUGUGUUCCUCUGUGAUCUGUGCUAGAUUGUGUGGUGCUGCUCUGGCAAGGGGUGCUUGGACUAUCUCCUUGGAUCCCUUCCAACCCCUAACAUCCUGUGAUGCUAUAAUUACCUUAGACAACUUUAACUAAUCAAAUCAUUAAAAAGAAAACAUAGAAGUUAGCUCUCAUGAACAGACAGGUCCUCUCCAUCCAUCACACAAACCUAACUCCUACACAACAUAGGAGCCCACAGGAGUUCCUUUUGUUCAAUACAAAUUAGUAACACUCUGUUCAAUUAAAAAACUACUCCACACAUUGGUGGGGUUUUUUUUUUGUGUGUGUUCUAAUCCUUAGGGCAGUUGUUUGCAGUUACCUGUUUUUACUGCCUGACCCCCUUUCUACAGUGAUCCUAGACAGGAUAUAUGUAUAUGUGGACACACACCACACACACAUUCCUGUAUGUGUGCCUGUGUGUAUUUUAUAUCUGUAUAUAUAUGUGUGUAUAUAUAUUUAUAUACACCUAGCACAAGUGUGUGUAUAUACCUACACUUACAUGUAGGAGUAUAGAUAUAGAGCUAGAUAUAUAUAUAUAUGUAAAUAUGUAAAAUCACUUUUAGGAAGAACUGUAAACUUUCUUAUUACAAAAUGAGUAAGAUUAGCUCGUGUCCAAAGCUGACUUCAUUAGAAUUAAAAGUUAUUUAAGGUCUGUAGGCUUUAAAUACAGUAUGUACUGUACAUGCAUAAUGCUUUGUGUAUACUUAGAUUUAAUUUUAUUAAAACAUUAUUCUGCUUCAAA